AAUCGGUAAACAGCCGUUCAGGAGUCGUGGCGCAAGCAGAAAAAAAUCCCGCAUGGACCGCGACGAGUGAUUCUCGCGACAGAAAGUAAAAAUUAUAUUUUUUAUAUUUUUUAUCGUACACUACUUCGAGUCGUACCUGUGAAAGGUAUUGAAAGAUGGCCGAUGAAGACCAAGGUAGUUCAUUUCUACGUCGAUUUUACCCGUGGAUGAAAAAUUGGGAAGGAAGACUCACAAAUCUCCUGGAAAUUUUUCGAAAGGAAGAAAUCGAUUGGCUUCUUCAGGAGUCCUUGAUCGACGAGCCCAAUCAGCAGGGAAUACAAUUCGUUAUAGCCGUGACUCAAACCGACUACAAAGACGAGCCCGACGUUGGCGAUGACGGCAAGCCAUCGUCGAGUCGCACCACAGCAUUGCAUCACGCGGCUAGACUCAGCCCCUCCGACGCGAAUAUUCUGGUCCCCGGCCUGUUCAAAAUAUACGACAGAUUCGACGUGAAUUACACCGACGUCGAGUCCGGGCUCACGCAUUUCCACAUAGCCUGCGAAUUCGGAUGCGAAGAAGUCUUGCAAAGAUUUCUCGAGCUCGGCCAGGAUCCCAAUCUCGUCGCGGCAAAUGCAUCGGUCGAUCCACCGCUGCACACGGCUCUGAAAAGUGCCAACGCGAACGUGAUCGAGUUGCUACUGAAACAUAAAGCCGAUCCGAACUUAACCAACGGAGACGGAUCGAUGGCUCUGCACGUCAUCUGUGAGAAACACAACGAAGAUGUGUCGUUGACGAAAAUAUUUUUCGAAAUCUGCGAGCGACGAUAUCCGCAACCGGUGCAGGUCGACGCCAAGAACGGGUCGGGCCAGACACCGCUGCACUUGGCCGUUAUUCACGACAAAAAAAAGGUUGCAGAAAUACUGCUGAAAAAAGGCGCCGAUCCGAACUCGACCGACUGGGAAGGAACGACUCCUCUGCAUAUUAUCUGUGCGAAACCAGUCGACGAUUACUUCUUGGAAAGGUUCUUCAAAAUCUGCGCAUAUGUCGAGAAGACGGUGAAUAUCAACGCACAGGACACUAAUGGUGACCCACCGCUAUUCUUGGCUGUGGAGGGUGGGCAUAUCUGGAUGGCGAAAUUACUGGUUGACAAAGAUGUGGAUCCGAAUUUGGUCAACGAGAAAGGAUCGACUGCUCUGCACAUCGUUUGCAAGAACUUCGAAUAUAUGUUUCUAACGUGGUCGAUCUACGACAAGUUGUCGGCCCAAAUCGAUGCCCAGGAUAAGUUGGGCAAUACACCAUUGCACUUGGCUCUGCUCAAUCGUAGCAGGAAUACGGCCAAAGUCCUGCUGCUGCGGUAUGACGCCAAUCCGACUCUAGCCAACAGGGACGGCUCGACGGCUUUGCACCUGAUGUGCGAGAGAAACGACGACUUCUUGAAUGUACUCUUGGGAAUGAAUCCGAGGUAUCGAAAAUGGCUCUUAGCUCAAGACGAGUUUCGUGGGACGCCGUUUGACGAGGCUCUGCGCCUCGGCAACGUGGAGUGGGCCAGAUCGUUGCUGAGAGCCCGUGCCGACCCGAACGGAGAGACGCCGCAUCCUCAUCGAGAAGGGGAGAAUAUUCAGAGCAGCGAGCCGCCUCUGAACUCGAUUUAUGCGUCAUACGAUUCAUACGUCAGGGAUUACUCUGUCGAGCAAUUCUUCCAGAUCAACGACGAGUUGAAUCAGACGGUGAAAGUCGACGCACAGGGCGAGCACGGUCGAAGCCCUCUGUACUGGGCCGUGGCGAGUAUCUUGCCGAAAGCCGUCGAUGCACUCUUGAAUAAAAAUAAUCGUAUUUUUUUAAAUAGAAUUUUCAUAUCGUACUUAUGA